CGCUCUUAGCAACGCCGGACGUCGUGUAAAGCUCGAUCUCUUCGCGGAACCCUCUGGAGAUUUGGGUGGCUCCUCUGUAAAUGGCGAAGUUGGAGAGGAUAUUGAUCCUACAAAACGCGCUGAAUUACCCAAUUCACCAUCAUCUUCAGGUGGGUUCCGUCAGUUUUUCUUGAAAAAGGAUUAUGUAGAGAGAGGGCAUGAGUUUUGGUCGCCUUUGUAGUCUUGUUUGCCUCCAAGUAUUUGUUUUCAGAAUUUAGAUUGGCUGUGGUCAUGGGAAUAUUCUUAUCAGAUCAGAUCCGGCCCUGCCACAGUGAUUUUUUGAAUGACUUCCGCACUGUAUUCCACUAUUUCGCAGCAUCAAAGCAUUUUGGAGAUUUCGUCUGGAUUAUUUUUCUAUCGGUCAGCAACUGCAAAAUCCUCUUCUGUUACUUGGGCAAUACAGUGAUGAGGAAUUGUUUGAAGAAUCAAAUGAAAGGCUGAACCAUGCCGAUGCAGAAAACUCCUCUUUGGAUCAUGGUGGUCAGGAGGGACCUCUAGGUGAAGGAAAAGGGGUAGAUGCCAAUGCAGUUGAAGAUCUUACUGAACAGAAAGGUGAAUUGCAGGAGAUGGAGAGAGAUUCUACUCCAGUUGAUGUUUUGCAGAGUCUGGAAGGUGGUGAUUCUGGAGAAAGUGAUUCUGCUGCCUCUACUGAUAAAGGCAAAGAAAUUGAUUUGGCAAAGCAAGCCUCUGUUACUGGAACUCCUGAUGCACAGGUUAAUGCAGAUGUAUGUUCAGGAUGGAGGAUAGUAAUGCAUGAGGAGAGUAAUCAAUAUUAUUACUGGAAUACUGAAACUGGAGAAACUUCAUGGGAAGUACCUGAAGUUUUGGCUCAAACAACUCAUCUGAUAGUUCCUCCCACCGAAAUCAUGGAAACCAUUCCUGUGGAUACAAAUCAGUCCAGCUCAACUUCAGGCAUUGAAUUGGAUAGUUCUUCUGCUGCAGCAAGUAUAGGUGGCUCCGUCAGUGCCAGUUUGGUGUCUCAAAGCCAAGAAGUGCAUGUUAAUGGGCCACAAAUGAGUGAGUGGUUGGAAGUGCACAAAGGUGACUCUGUGAAAGAGAAAAAUUCCAUAACCGAUGUAUGCCAAAGUGAGCCACAAAGUAAUUUGAGUGCAGCUAAUGUUCUUUGCAGCGGUGAAGCAACUAAUGAUGAACUUGAAAAUGGGAUGGAUCUUCCAAGUAAUCUUAUGAGACAAUGCGAGUGUUUGUUGGAGAGACUUAAGUCAUUGAAAGGGUAUGGGAGCCGCCUGCAAUGUCAAGGCCAGAUGUCAAAGUAUAUUUUAGAAGUAGAUAUCAGACUUUCUGACAUUAAGUCUCUUUCAUCUUAUGUGUCGUCUUUGCUUCCGUUUUGGAUCCAUUCUCAAAGGCAGCUUAAACAAUUAGAAGAUGUCAUUAAUAAUGAAAUUUACCACCUUGCUGUAUCUUCACAAAUGGAUGAUGAUGUUGAUGCAACUGCCAACGCUGCUUCUAAUGAAAAAGAGAAGUCCUGUGAAAUUGUGGGGCAUGAUUUUGAUGCAGAUGGAUGUGAAAACAGUAGGAAAUCUGAACUGCCGAACUUUACAGCUACUGUUGAGAAUGAUUCACAUAAUGAUCUUCCUCAUGAAAAUGUAAAUGCUAGACUUAUUUCUUCGUUGGGAUUAUCAGAUGAACAUUUGAAAGGUGGUGCUGCAGCCAGUGAAAAAGUGGAUGGGACUGCUUAUCCAGAACCUGAGUUCCUUCCUGGGGAGGAUGUUGACAUGGAUGUCGACAUGGAAGUUGACGACGGAGUUUCAGCAGGCAUCACAACUGUUGAAGAUGCUUCAAGCACGAAGGUUUUUGCUCCAGUCAAUCAACUGAGUCGGCCAAAUACACCUGCAGAAUAUGCAACUUUGCCCUCUGGGGAUGAGUCAACUGUACCACUACCUCCAGAAGAGGAUUGGAUUCCCCCACCGCCGCCUGAUAGUGAUCAGGUACCUCCACCCCCUCCUGAUAAUGAGCAAAUUCCUCCACCCCCACCUGAUGAGCCUCCUGAAUCUUCCUAUCCUCCAGUUCAAUCCUAUAUGGAGAUGGGUCAACCUCUUCCUUAUGCCGAACAGUACAACUUACCUUAUCCUGAUUCUAAUUUCCAAUAUUAUGGACCUACAGUUACUGUCCCAACUAGUAACUUAUAUGGACAUGCUGAUGGAAGUCAAGUUGCAAUGACCAAUGCAUCACUAUACUAUGAAGUAGUUGCUAACACCUAUGCUGAAACUGCUCCAAUCAUUGUUAGCCCUGUUGACCCUGUAGCAUAUUAUAAUAUUCAAGAUGCAUCAAUGGUUCCUUUGCCUGCUGUUAGCAUUUCAAAAUCUUCUCAUUUACAUGAUGAAUCUUGUCCUAUGGGUUUCAGUACCCUCGCUUCUGAUCAAAUUAGGACGGGCAAUGACCCAAUAGAAGCAGCCCGGAAACUUGAACUUGAUGUUUCAGCUGUUGCUGGCAAGACAGUUACAGCAUCUAUGGGGGUUGCUUCACCUUCAGUCAUUGAAACUCCUGCAGCAGCUAAUGGUAAAGAGAAUAUUUCUGCACCCUCGACCAAUGUUGUCACUGCUAGUGCAGCUAUGCCAAAUACAAUGACAGCUCCUAAGGGUCAGUCCAAAGUUUCUCGUACUAAAAAGCGGACAGUUGCUGUUGCAUCCUCAUUGAGGUCUAAUAAGAAAGUCUCCAGUUUGGUGGACAAGUGGAAAGCAGCCAAGGAGGAGUUGAAUGAGAAUGAGGAAGAUGAACCUGAAAAUGCUUAUGAGAUAUUGGAGAGGAAAAGACAAAGGGAAAUUGAGGAAUGGCGUGCUAAACAAAUUGCCAGUGGAGAGGCUAAGGAUAAUGCUAAUUUUCAGCCUUUAGGUGGCGACUGGCGUGAGAGAGUGAAGCGCAGAAGAGCUCAAGCAGCCAAGGAAGCUGCACAACUACCAUCUGAAGCUUCUAUUGUGGCAAACCAGCAACUUGAUCUAGCUGAAUUAUCAAAGGGACUUCCAUCUGGUUGGCAGGCCUAUUGGGAUGAAGCAUCAAAACAGGUCUAUUAUGGUAAUGUUGUCACAUCAGAGACGUCAUGGAUUAAACCUACAAAAUAGCCAUUAACUUAGUUUUAGGAAUGGAAUCUCAAUGUAAAUUAUAUACCCUUUUCUUUUUUUCCUUUUUAAUGUAGUAAAUAGAAAAGUUUUGUUUUUGGUUUCUUUUUGAAGUAUUCAUUUGGAAGAUUCACUUUUAUAAUCUUCUGAAGGCAGAAUAGAAAAACACAUUGUCCUUUAGCGCAAGGUUGAAGUCAAUUGCUGUUCCUGUUGUAUGAACAAACUGGUUCAUGGUCUAAAGAUUUUGAGAGCAAUACUAUGAAAAUUGAAAUCUA